UUGUAUUAUUUGCAUGCAGUGAUGCGGUCUCACUGUGUGUCUUCUCUGUCUUAAAAGUGCCUGAACACGACAUGGAUGUGUCGAGAACAAACCUGAACAAACUGGAAUCAGAGAACCUGCCAGAUGUGACUGAUGUGUCAUUAAGAGCUCAAGACAUUACAAGAGACUCCCAGCUGGACUUCUCCCAUCAAGAUGGUGGAUCUAAUGAGACCUGUAUAUCUAGCGUUACGACUACCAUGAUGUCUGUGGAGGAAUAUGGGGCGGCUCGAAUUGACGUGACUCAGCUGACCGUGAGCUCGUUGGACGAGAGUCAGAGAAACCUUUCUAUGAUGGAUCCCCAGCCCGAGGACGAAGACGAGGAGCUGGAGAUGAUUCUGAGAAAUAACGGCAGCUCAUUAAUGAACCUCUACCCCAGCACGAUCAGUCGAAUUGAGAGGGCCCAGCAUCGGCAGCACGUCUCCAACGCCGGUAACUUGGUGCUUAAGAUAUACCGCAGAUUGCGACAGCAGCCAAACAGAAGCUACGUCAACAACAUGUUCAUUGUCCCGCGAAGACAAAGCAAUACAAAAAAUGUGUCCAAAAUGGUAGAACAACCCUCUACUUAUGCCGUCACUCCUUCACAAGCUUUCUAUCCCACCGCAAAAGCUUCCAUGGACCAGUCUCUGAGAUCUGAAAGGCUUUCUCUUGCCGCAUGGUCACCGCAGACAGACAUCUACAGCUCCCCAGUCAGGCAGAGUCCCGUAAAAGCACGACUGAUGACCAGCUUCAGUAGAUCACCUGGUGCCUUUUCCCAAAGCCCCAAAGCACAUGCCGUGGAAAGCUUUUCCAGAGAGCCUAUACGGCCCAGAUCAAUGUCCACUUGUGACUCCUUUUCUCCGCAAAGGCCAACUGUCCCAGAGAGGAUGCUUCACCCUCAAGACUCCUGUCAUUCCCUCCAGACACAGCUGCAUUCACCUCAGACAGCUGGAGCACCAGCAGGUCAUCACGGCCUGCGGCAGCACCUUUCCUUUGUCCCACGAAGACAAAGCAAUACAAAAAAGAGGAGCAGCAAGAGCAACAGCCCCAUGAACAUCCCAUUCAUGGGGACUGAUGCUACCUCUUCGUCUCCCUUAAACAAUCAGCAGGAUUGGCAGUCUGCUGGGAGGGUAAGAAGAGAGCAGCACCAGCCUGUCCUCGUCAUGGACCCCUCUGGUUGCUCUGACAUCUCUAAACCAAAAGAGAUCUCCCUGAAUGAGACCUUCAAUGUGUCCAAAAUAGUAGAACAACCCUCUACUUAUGCCGUCAGGCCUUCACGAGCUUUCUAUCCCACCGCAAAAGCUUCCAUGGACCAGUCUCUGAGAUCUGAAAGGCUUUCUCUUGCCACACGGUCACUGCAGACUGAUAGGUGCUCCAUGUCUGAGUCACUAACCACUGCUGUUAAAGAGAGACCAGACAUCUACAGCUCCCCAGUCAGGCAGAGUCCCGUAAAAGCACGACUGAUGACCAGCCUCAGUAGAUCACCUGGUGCCUUUUCCCAAAGCCCCAAAGCACAUGCCAUGGAAAGCUUUUCCAAAGAGCCUAUGAGGCCCAGAUCAAUGUCCACUUCCGACUCCUUUUCUCCGCAAAGGCCAACUGUCCCAGAGAGGAUGCUUCACCCUCAAGACUCCUGUCAUUCCCUCCAGACACAGCUGCAUUCACCUCAGACAGCUGCAGCACAAGCAGGUCAUCACGGGCUUCCCUUUGACUCCUCUCUGUCGUCGAGGCGUGAUUUCUGUCCAUCCAAGAAGAUCGACGAGGACUUUGUAAAACUCUACCACAAGUGUGUCUGCCAGAACAAGUCUUUCUUUCAUGGGCAGCCGUGCCGUACCUGUGCUAGAAGCCCUGAGGCCAGCAGAGGCCACUCUUCGUCAUCUCUGGCCACCCUCGCCUUGUCGCCUCACCGCUCCCUCCUGAGGAAACGCCACAGGGAGCAGGGCUGGGACAGCCACCACCAGUCCAAACGCUUCAGGGACGAGAACUAUGCGUCCUCGCCCGGGUCCAGACGCCAUGGCAAUGAGAUGCUGAGGCGCUGCCUCUCUACAUCUGAAUACGACGGCAUCUCCUAUAGCCAGCAACAGCAUGUUGCACAGAUUCAGCGGCCAGCAGCUCUCAGCCGAUCCACAUCAGGAGACCUGGAUGAAUCUGGUGUGUGAAAUAUUUUCUGAGUUUUCUGAUUGCGUUCCAGAAGUUUUCCAGUGUUCAUUUAAAGUUUCAUGUUCACAAAAAGAUGUUUGUUUCUUUUAAAACCAUCUUACUUUGAGAAGAACAGGACGUUUUGUGUUUCAUUUUGUCUCAUUGAUAUUAAUAAAGCUCUCUUCUGAU